AUGUUUCAACAUGACAAACCGUGCGACCUUAUUUUUGUCGUGCUGUCUUUAAAUGUCGAGAUUUACCAUUUUUCAAGAAUGAAGUCAGAAAAUGGUACCGCAUUUUCAUUCAAUUCUGAUGCUCUUGUGUCAGUGCUUUCUCGAAAUCUGGAGAUAAAUUUAAAACCUCAUCAGGUUUUACAGCUUAUUAAAAAACUGUCAAAUAACUUAACAGGCCAACAAAAAACAAAUUUACUAGAACAUCUUUUGAGCUUAACUACGAUUGGACAUUUCGAGAGUUUACGCUUGGCUACACAUCUUCAUUCAUCGUGUCAUCGUUUAUCUGAUUGUUGUGAUUUUGUUACCUGGUUACCAUCUGAAUUAACUUUACGAAUUUUCUCCUUUCUUUCAUGGAAAUCUCUAGUGGUUUGUUCAGAAGUCAAUAAAAGUUGGUUGAAAUACGCUAGACAUCCAGAAUUAUAUCGUCAUUUUUGCAUGCUACCACAAUGGUCUUCACCUAUCCAGAAGAAACCGCAAUUAUUUAACAAAUUAAUGCUAUAUAGUGGGUGUAACUACCGUGUACAAGAGGAAAACAUAAAAAAUUCAGAUAGUUUUAUCAAAAACUCUUUAGAUAUUGAUUGGUUUGGUGUAUUCAAGAAACGUGUAUGCUUAAGACGAAAUUUUCGUUUGGCUAAACAUCGAAUACGUAGAUUCAAUGGACAUAGUGGAGCGGUCUACUGUGUUGAUUGUGAUGCAUAUCGUAUUGUUAGUGGAUCAGCUGAUGCUACAAUCCGUGUAUGGAAUAUUCGUACAAAUGCUAAAUGGUCUGUUCAAACACUCCGUGGACAUUCAGAUGCUGUCCGUUGUGUACAACUUUUACCUCUACCUCAUAAUCAAUCCGUUGGUAAUAAUACCUAUAGCUCCUCUCCUCCUGUAAAUUGUAUUCAUGAGUCAAUUGCUUCAAUACCAUGUUCACUUUGCAAAUUAGAUCCAACCAUUACAUAUCCUAAUUGUUGGGAACCACCUGAAGUUCUUCUUAUAUCUGGCAGCGCUGAUACAACUUUAAAGCUAUGGCAUCUUUCAGCAGCACCUAAUUGGUCACGUAUCGCAUGUACAUGUACAUUACAAGGUCAUACUGAUACUGUUCGGUGUGUACAAGCUGAUCAUGAAAAAGUGAUUAGUGGUUCUUACGAUUGUACAUUACGGUUAUGGAGUAUAACUAGCGGUCAGGUGAAAAGGAUAUUUCGUGGUCAUUCGGCUGGUAUAACUUGCUUGGUGUACAGUGAUAAUCUCCUUUAUUCCGGAUCUUUGGAUAACACAGUUCGCAUAUGGAAUAUAUCCACUGGUGUAUGUUAUUACACACUGAUUCGACCGAUCUAUUCCAAUAAUCUGACUGAAGCAUCACUUUCUUCAUCUGUUUCCUGUUUACACUUGGAUUAUUCACAGAACAGACUUGUUGUAGCUUAUCAUGAUGGUAUGGUGUUCGCUAAAUACUUGUCAGUAUUCACCGAAUUAUUAAGAAGUCAUAAUUUUGAAAAUAGUACUACUGAUAGCAUCAGUCACAACAGUAGCAUGACACGGACAUUUUCAUCACAUACUAUCCAUUUAGAUGAAUAUCUAUGUAGAAGUGAUUAUAAAUCAGGUAGUCUGAUCCGAUGUUUAACAGGUGAUGCAUGGCAUAUAAUAUAUGGUUCGGAUGAUAAAUCUAUUAAGGUUUGGCAAGUAGGCGAUAAUAAUUUUGUUAAUAGUCUUCAAGGUCAUGAAGAUGGAGUUACUUGUGCUGUGAUAUCAGGUUCUGUCAUAGUGUCUGGAUCAUAUGAUAAAACUGUUAUAUUGUAUGACUUUGAUGUCAUAUAACUUAUCUUUGCUUAUUCUGACAAUUUUUAUCAGUAUUUUUAUUUACCUGUACACUUCAUUGUAGAUUGGUUUUGUGUUUUUAUUCUGUGUAUUCUUUUUCUUGAGGUUAUAUUCAACUUGUUUAUUUAGGUGUACUUACGCUUCUUUUUUCUUCUUCUACCAUCCACUCGUCAACAUUAUCAUUCAUUAUUCUAAUUGUCAUUGGUUUUAGUGUUUAUUUGAAGAAUUUUUAUGAUUUAAUUUUAUCUUUAGAUUCUUUUUUGUAACUUUACUAUUCAUGUUUCUUAUUUUAAGUAUAAUUAAAGUAUUAUAUGAUACUUUAUGAUAUAAUUUUUUUUGAUUGUCUCACACAAAAAAAACUAUUUAGUUUCUUCAUGAUGUGUGUAUGUGUACAUUUUAGGAGAUAUUUGUAUUACAGUCAUCUUGUUUUUAUGAAAUAAUUGCAUUUUUAUAUCUUUUUUAGAGUUUCAUCUCAGUGUUUUGUUUAUCAUGCACUAAAAAUUUUCUUUUGACAAACUUUGUAUCAUUUUGCUUUGAAGUUUGGAAUAUUUAAUCUGAUAUUGAUGAAAUUUCCUAUUUGUCAUCGAAGAAAUAGGUAUGCAUUAUAAUUGUGAACAGUCUUUAAUGCAUUUCAAUCUGGUGGUUUGUGUACUUGGGAUAGAAGAUAG